AUGCAAGAGGAGGAACGGAAGAGAAAAGAACAGGAAAGGAGGGAGGAAGAGGAGAGGAAGAGACAGGAGGAGCGAGAAGAAAGACUGACUCAAAGACUCUUGGAGUCACAGCUAAGAGCAAAAGAGCAGCAUGAGGCACAACUACAAAAGGAGAUUUCAGAGGAGCACGAGUCCAAACAAAAUAUUGUGAGAGCUCAUCUGGAUGAAUUUGAGAACGACUUUGAGGACGUUGAGAGGGAGGAGCUCCUGCAGGUCCUCUCGUUGAAAUGCGGUUUUAAGGUUUCAGAUCUCAGUCUCCCUGAGCUGACCGCCGAGCAGCUGGGAAAGAUCCUGUCCGCUUUGGACAAACUUCUCUUUGACGAAUGGAUCGGUGCUCUUCCAUCUCUGGGCACUCUGCAGCGCGCUCAGGUGUACAUCACCGAGCUGUGCGCCCUGUCAGUGGAGAUGUCUGAGGGAGUUUCCCUCCAGAGCAUCUGCAACCAGGUGCAGUCUCUGGUGGAGUCCAUCAGCCAAUCAGCAUCGGAUGUUUCUGAAAGCUUCAUGCUGACUCAAGCCCUGUAUCUUACCCUGAUGCACUUUUUCAAUGACAGAGGCGGCUCUGACACCGAUGGCGUCACGAUAGCCAAAAAGUGGGCUGAUAUGGAGCUCUCCUCUGAGGAGCUCUUUGCUACUGAGUUUCUGAGCGUGCUCACAACCUCCCUGCAGAGUGCAGUCAGUAGAACAUCUGUGUACAUUUUAAAAAUGGAAACCCAGUGCUUGGAACUUCUCUUGACCAGACUCAAUGAUAAUGAAACACACUCAGAAUCCACCGAAAUGAUCAUGAAACUUGUGCAAAUGAGCCAGUGGACCCCAACAGAAGCACUGACUCUGCUGAAAGCACUGACACAGAAAUGUGAGAAGGACGACUCAAUAACCAGAAUCCUCGUCUUGGUACAAGUCUAUGACAUUUCACCAGAAUGGAAAGAUGAGUCUGGACGCUCCCUCAUCCAGGCCCUUGAUUCUAUUGACCCUGAAAAGGUCCCUCUGGAUUUCCAAAUGAUGCUCAGAAAGAAAGAUGAGAGCGGUCUGACUGAAGCGCUGGCAGAGUUACAGAUUUCACAGGGUUUAGAUGAUUCUGUGAUUAAUAUGAUAAAAAGCAUUACCACUGGUGUUUUGAAAUAUUCAGAAAAUCCACCAAAAAGUGCAGCACCUAGUAGAGAUACUCUAAAAUGUGGAGCCUUUAACACAGAGGACUUACAGAACUGUCUGUCUCAGCUCUGCAGAGCAGUGUUUGACACCAAAGGCUGGUGGCCCACAGUGAGGCACAUGUUACAGUGGUGUGGGCUAGUGCUGAGGGAGAAAACCGGGGUGCCACAGCUGGUUGGGGUGGUUGAAGAACUGUGUGCCAUAGCCUUGUUUUCAGCCACACAAGUCUGCCUGGGAAACAAAGUGAACAUAGUGCUGGGUUCAGAAUACCAGUCAAAGGAGCAAACUGAGGACUGGUCAGACUUCUACAGGAGUCUUGGAAUCUCUCUCAACACCCGCACCGGAGAUACUAACUCAUCAUUCGACGAAGUCUACAAAGCAGACAUUGUGCACCUUACACUUGAUGUCUUUGUGUCAGACUACUUUCAACACGGAGUGAAGGUGACAGAAACGGGGGUUCCUCAUCCUGCUCGAGGAUUCAUCAUUGAAGAGCAAAGUUUGAGCACAUCUCACAAUCUGGAACUUUCAAGCCUCAAGAGCAAUGAAUCCCUGAUGUUUUCUGUGGCAGUGCUGCAAAACCUGAUGAAUAAAACUCAGUAUCAAGACAUGGAAACCAAACAAAGCUUGAUAAAGGCUCUUUUUCAGGUGCUCCACAACCUGAACCAAGUCACUAACACUGACAAAAAAAUGGCCACCACUCUAAAGAAGAUCACUGGGAAGGGAUUGCCAGCUCAUGAAGACUUCAUUCUGACCUUCCUUGAGAAUUUCCUUGCAGUGUACCACUAUGUUCCCACAGAAAUGAGCUGGACCGAAGCCCGACAGUUCUGCAGAGAGAAAUACACCGACCUGGCCACCUUUGACAGCAUGGAUGACAUCAGCAGGCUGAAAGCUGAUUUCUCUUAUUCCUGGGCCUGGAUCGGACUCUGGGAUGACCCUGAAAACUGGAGAACCUCAAUGGGUAAUGACACCAACUCUUGGAGGUGGUCAGCAACAGGAGAAACCAGCAGAACUGGGUACCAGAAUUGGGACUCUGGACAACCAGAUUACUGGGCCGCAAAUGAGACAUGUGCAGCGAUGCGUAAUUAUGGAAUAUGGAUUGAUAUGAAAUGUGAAGACACAAGAGAAUUCAUCUGCUACAACGUUUCAGAGAACAACAAGAAAACCUAUUUCCACAUCCCAACCAGCAAAACAUGGCAGUCUGCUCAGCAGCACUGCAGGAAACACUUCACCGACUUGGCCACGAUUGAGAAUGAGGCAGAAAACACUGAGGCCAACGAAGUAAAACCAUUCGGCUAUGAGUAUUGGAUCGGUCUGUACAGGAACCCCUGGACUUGGUCUGACGGGAGCCAAAGCUCUUUCAGGAACUGGGAUCCCAUCGGCAUGAAUAACUAUCAUCAUGUCGAACACUGUGGGAUACUCAAUCAGGACGAUCAUUUUGAGGAUGAUGCUUGUGGAGCUAAGUGGCCCUUCAUCUGCCAUCAAGUUCAAACAAAGAUGGAUCUUUUCUUGUCCCUGAUAAUUGUAUUCUCCUCUGGACUUCCUCUCAGCUCCUGCACACAGCCCCCCCUUCGUCAGUACCACUAUGUUGACACACCAAAGAGCUGGACCGAAGCCCGACAGUUCUGCAGAGAGAAAUACACCGACCUGGCCACCUUUGACAGCAUGGAUGACAUCAGCAGGCUGAAAGCUGAUUUCUCUUAUUCCUGGGCCUGCCCGUUUUCUCCCCCGCAGGUGAAGGUGUGGUUCCAGAACAGGAGGAUGAAGUGGAAGAGGGUGAAAGGCGGCCAGCAGGGGGCGGCGGCCCGGGAGAAGGAACUGGUGAACGUGAAAAAGGGCACGCUGCUGCCCUCGGAGUUCUCCGGCAUCGCGGCGCUGCACCACUCCACGGACUCCUUAGCCAACGAGGACAGUCAGGACAGCGACCAGAGCUCGGAGCACGCUCACUUAUGA